UUUUGAUUGGUUAUAAAAGACGUCGGUUAGGACCUGUUGACCUUUCCGCGAGGGCUCUAAGCGUGGGUGUCCCCGUGGGGGUGUGUGGUGGGGGUGUAGUUACCCUGGCAGCAGCACCCCGUUCCCUUCCAUCUGGGGUUCCUCUGAGGGUCGCCCCUGGUGGGCGGCUCUAGAAUCUGGAAGAGCUCGGGAACUCAGAGCAAACCCAGUCAGCGGAGGCCCGAGCUGUGAGACCAGAAAGAUGGCGGCGGCAUCGGAGUCUUUGGCUUCUGAGUCUCAGUUCUCAGUGAGUGGCGGUCGGCGUUCGAAGACGCUUAAGAAUAUUUUAGCUGAACCAUCAAAGUCUAAUGGAAAUAUGAUUCAUCGUUCUUCAUCUCUGUAUGUAUUAUAUCCACCUGGUAAACCUUUCCUUAAUAGUGAACUACGGCGCUCCCCAAAUAAGCCUACACUUGCCUACCCAGAAAGCAAUAGCAGAGCCAUAUUUUCUGCUCUAAAGAAUCUUCAAGAUAAGAUUCAACGCUUGGAACUUGAGAGGAUUCAGGCAGAAGAAAGUGUGAAAACUUUGUCCAGAGAAACAGUUGAAUAUAAAAAAGUACUAGAUGAACAGAUACAAGAAAGGGAGAAUUCAAAGAAUGAGGAAUCAAAGCACAAUCAAGAACUGACAUGUCAGUUGCUAGCUGCAGAAAAUAAAUGUAAUCUUUUAGAAAAACAAUUGGAAUACAUGCGGAAUAUGAUAAAGCAUGCAGAAAUGGAGAGAACAUCUGUCUUAGAGAAACAGGUGACCCUAGAAAGAGAACGACAACAUGAUCAAACACAUGUUCAGAGCCAACUUGUAAAACUGGAUCUUCUGGAACAAGAAUAUAACAAACUUACCACAAUGCAAACCCUUGCAGAAAAAAAGAUGCAAGAAUUGGAAGCAAAACUCCAUGAAGAAGAACAGGAAAGGAAGCGUAUGCAAGCUAAGGCAGCUGAGUUGCAGACUGAUCUAGAAACAAAGAGAUUUGCCUUUGAAGAUAAAACAACCUCAUAUGCUCCCACUGCAAGAAAAAUUAAAAAAAAGAAGUCAAAACCACCAGAAAAGAAAGGACCUAGGAAUUACUUUGAUGCACAACCUCAUUAUAGAUUAUGCUUACGUGAUAUGCCAUUUGUGGCUGGAAAGUCCACUAGUCCUAGCCAUGCUGUGGUAGCUAACGUUCAGCAUGUCUUGCAUCUAAUGAAACAGCACAGUAAAGUCUUGUGCAAUGAUCGAGUGGUGAACAACAUUUCUUUGGCAAAACAAGUACCUUCACAAGGUAGUAGAAGAAAGAAGUCAGCAACACCUCCCUCUUCCAGCGGCAUCAAUGAAGAAUUAUCAGAAGUCUUACAGACUUUACAGGAUGAGUUUGGUCAGAUGAGCUUUGAUCACCAGCAGCUUGCAAAACUUAUACAGGAAUCACCAAACACUGAACUGAAAGACAGCUUAGAGUGUGAACUAGAGGCAUUAGUGGGAAAGAUGGAAGCAAAAGCCAACCAAAUAACUAAAGUUCGAAAAUACCAAGCACAGCUAGAGAAACAGAAGCUGGAGAAGCAGAAAAAGGAAGUUAGAGCUAACAAAAAGACUCUUGAAGAAGGAAAGAGCAGUAGCCGUUCUUCUGGACUCAUGGGGACCAUAAGUAGGAAGGAUUUUGGCAAACUGAGACCUGGAGAAAAAAGCAGGAAAAAUCUUCAGUUAUUGAAGGACAUGCAAACCAUACAAAACUUAUUACAAAGUAGUAAUGUGUGUUGGAAUUACUGACUGCUCACACCAGGUCAUAAAUUUUAUUCAGAUAAUCUGUACCUCAUUGAUCAGAUAUUGACAAUUUACUUUCCAGGUUUCAUACUCGCUAAUGUUGGAAUUAAUUAAUAGAA